UUGAUGGUGUGGAUAUACAUAUAGUAAUAAUAGGAUAGAUAUUAGUCUAUUUAUUACGGAGAAUAUAUUACUAUCUCUGUCCCGACUAAGAGGUAAUAUAACAGUUACAAGAGCACUGAAAGUUGCUAUGAAUUGCCGUCUUCUUGGAUUGGAUAAAAAAGCAUCCUUAUCCGAUAUGUCCAUUUUGAACAAGAGACAGAACCAUUUUGACCUCAUUUUUGAACGUUAAAUCGUUUGAGGAUUAGGUGGAGAAGCUUCUAACCCACUAUGGUUCACAGUUUCUUUUCUUAUUUAUGCAAACUUUCCUUCAUCAAACUAUGAGCCAUUGAGAUCACAAAGAUGACAGGAGGGCACCAAAUUUCUGUUCCAUUUGUUUGGGAAGAAAGACCUGGCAUACCAAACAAGGAUUGGAAACCUGCUAAACGUAAACCCUCGAAUACCCCCAAGUUUGUUCCCCCAGAUCAGCUCAUACCUUCAAUUCCCUUUCAGUGGGAGGACAAACCAGGAACACCCCUUUCAAGCAUCCAGGUUCAGCCACAGUCUAAGGGUAAUUUUGUCAUCAUAAUGAGCAAGCCAUUACUAACACUAGAAGAGCUGAUGACGAUGAGCCGAAGAAGAAGCUACCAGAGAAAAGCCCAAAUGCAGAUACAGAGUGUGCAUAUGAAGCAGAAACUCACAGGGAGUGCUCUUGGAUGCUGUGUGCUUGGAGUUCGAAGAAGAAUUGAAGAAUUGCACACCAAAUGGAAGAGGGAGCUAAAGCUCUUCUCCAAAUAGUCUGAAACAUGGCUCAGUUUACUGAGCACCAAAAACUGGUUAUUUGUGCAUUGUAAAUGAAAAAUAUCCCAUUUCCUAUUAGAUCCGAGUUUAUAUUAUUUGCACUUUGGGGGGCAAAACUAAUGCUUCUUGCCAGUUAUGGUACUUCUGAUCACCCAUCAUUCGAAUACAUGAACAGAAAGUGCCAAAAAUGGAAAAGGCCAGUCAGGGGCCAAGAGUG